UUAUCUUACCUGAUGACGAGCGGUUUGUAUUUCAACUAAAAGAGGUUUUAAAGUGAAUGUAAUAGUGUCCGCGUUAAAUACCGUUGCUUCCUGCUUGAUUUAGUUUUAAAUAUUUGGAUAUACAGCGCGGACGAUAGAGGAAACUGAAAAAUGCGACUUUCCCCACGUGAGCAGGAAAGUCUCCUGGUGCACCAGUGUGGGGCUCUUGCUCAGAAACGCCUGGCUCGUGGUGUAAGGCUCAACCACCCUGAGGCAGUAGCUUUGAUAGCAGCACAGGUACAAGAGUAUAUCCGAGAUGGACUAACUGUGUCCGAGUUGAUGUCUAAAGGCAGAGAGAUGUUAGGUUACAGACAGGUCUUGCCAGGGGUCCCUGAAAUGAUCGGUGAGGUACAGGUGGAAGGAACGUUUCCGGACGGCACUAAGUUGGUAACAGUUCACAGCCCGAUAAAUCGUCAGGACGGUGACCUUGGAAUUGCCUUAUAUGGAAGUUUUCUUCCGGUUCCUAACUUGGAAGUCUUCAACAAAACAUGGGACAAUAAGGAGGAGACUAAUGUUGUAGCUCCGGUGAAAGUGACACCUGGCGAGAGAAUUCCGAAAGAAGGAACAAUAGAACUAAAUAAAGGCCGUGAUAGAAUAUCUUUGAAAGUUGUCAGUAAAUGCGAUCGCCCGAUACAGGUUGGAAGCCACUAUAACUUCAUUGAGACUAACAAGCGGCUUUUCUUUGACAGGGCUGCAUCAUAUGGUUUCCGACUGAACAUACCAGCCGGUACGUCAAUUAGAUUUGAGCCUGGUGAAGAACGUAGCGUCGAUCUUGUUAAAAUUGGUGGAAAUCGAAUUGUCCGAGGUGGCAAUGGAUUGUGUGAUGGUCAAAUAAGCGAUAACAAUCUCAGCCUCGUUAUGAAACGAGUGGCAGACGGCAAUUUUGGAAACAAGAAACAGAGUGAUAUAAAACCCAAACAGACAAUGACCUUGACCAACAGACAGUAUAGUUAUCUGUACGGACCUACAGUCGGGGAUAAGCUGAGACUUGGGGACACCAGUCUGGUUUUAGAAGUUGAGAAAGAUUUCACAGUUUAUGGAGAUGAGUUAAAGUUCGGAGGAGGAAAGUCCCUCCGAGAAGGUAUGGGUCAGCAAGCGAACAGGACAAAUCAGCAGUGGGACGUAUUGGACACAGUUAUCACAAAUGCCGUUAUUGUCGAUUCUAUAACAGGCAUUAUCAAGGCAGACAUUGGAAUCAAGAAUGGAAACAUCGUUGGCAUAGGUAAAGCAGGGAACCCAGAUGUAAUGGAAGGCGUUACACCGGGUAUGGUUGUUGGUGCUGGCACAGAGGCAAUAGCGGCUGAAGGACUCAUUGUAACUGCUGGGGCACUGGACGCACACGUGCAUUUCAUAUGUCCACAGCUGGCACGUGAGGCUAUCGCCUCUGGUAUAACAACAAUGUUCGGCGGAGGGACGGGCCCGGCUACAGGAACUAACGCUACAACCUGCACCCCUGGUCCUAACCAUAUCAGAGAUAUGCUGCAGAGCACGGAUGCUUUCCCGCUCAAUUUUGGCUUCACUGGCAAGGGCAAUUCUUCCUGGUCCGAUGGUCUGGCACAGGAUUUAGAGGAGCAAAUAAAAGCUGGAGCUAUCGGGUUAAAGCUUCACGAAGAUUGGGGAACAACGCCAAUGGCUAUUGACACGUGCCUGAAGAUAGCAGAUAAAUAUGACGUACAGGUGACUAUUCAUACCGACACACUCAAUGAAUCCGCGUGCGUUGAAGAGUCUAUCGAAUCGUUCAAUGGUAGAACUAUCCACACGUACCAUUCUGAAGGUGCGGGCGGAGGUCACGCUCCUGAUAUAAUACGUGUGUGUAGCGAGAAAAAUGUUCUACCUUCCUCAACAAACCCUACCAGACCGUACACUGCAAAUACAAUAGACGAACAUCUUGACAUGCUUAUGGUGUGUCAUCAUCUAGAUAAGAACAUCAAAAACGAUGUUGCCUUUGCUGAAUCCCGGAUUCGAGCUGAGACAAUAGCCGCUGAAGAUAUUCUGCAUGACAUGGGCGCAAUCAGCAUCAUGGCCUCAGACUCACAGGCAAUGGGUCGUGUCGGUGAGGUGAUAACGCGCACGUGGCAGACUGCAGACAAGAUGAAAUUAUUCCGAGGACGUCUUGCUGAAGAAAAGGGAGAAAAUGACAAUAUGAGAAUUAAACGGUAUGUUGCCAAGUACACUGUGAACCCAGCAAUAGCCCAUGGAAUGGACUCUCUCAUAGGAUCCGUAGAGAUCGGAAAGCUAGCAGACAUUGUCAUUUGGAACCCAGCUUUCUUCGGCGCUAAACCAGAAAUUAUCCUGAAAGGAGGACAAAUUGCGUGGAGCCAGAUGGGUAUGCCAAAUGCAUCUAUACCUACACCUGAACCUGUGAAACAAAGGAAGAUGUUCGGCGCAUACGGGAAAUCUGUCGGUACUCACUCUGUCGCCUUCAUUUCACAGGCAUCUCGAGAUGUUGUAUCUACCUAUGGCCUCAGUAAAAGACUUGCACCAGUGACCGGCUGCAGACAGCUUACAAAACAGAAUAUGGUUCUGAACAACUACCUACCAAUACUCACAGUGGAUCCGUACUCCUACAAGGUGCAUAUUGUGACGAAGAAAGAUGGGAAAGAAGAAAAAGAACACCUGACUUGCCCCCCAGCAUCAAGACUUUCUCUGGCGCAGAGAUACUUCUUGUUCUAGACACACGUUCUGUCCACUCAUGGAAACGUGUCUAUCCGAAUGUGUCUGUCCGUGUAUCCUGAUACUGCUUAUUUUAUAUGACAUUCAUACUCGGUACUGGGUACAUACGUCGUUUGCUACAUUAGACAGUUGUGUGUAAUAUUUAAAGUAUUCCUUGCAUAAUAUCAGAUUUAACACAGUGUAUCAUAGGUCUACACGUAUAUACAUUGAACAAUACAUCGUUUGUGACAUUGCUUGUUAAAAUUAUAUUAUAAUAUCGCGAUUCUUGUACCCAAAUUGCCUUGUCCGCCAGAACGAGAAAUAGCUAGGCGCGCUAAUUGCUCCAAUUCGCCAGAACGAAAUGACAGAAAUCAGCCACCAUAGUUAAGGGUUUUGAUGAACGAAUAAGCUAUUCUAACCACUUACAAGUACAUACAUUUUGUACUUCUGAUAUUGCUUAGAUAUUAACUUCUAUUUGAUUUUUUUGUUGUUUUUUUUUCAUUUUACAUACACUCAACAUGUUUUAAAAAACGCUACAGGCAAUCUUUGAAAUCCAGACAGAUUUUCGUUAUGUAUAUAUUUAUCAUCUUUGCACAAUUAAUACAGGCAGCAAUUGUA